GAGGAGCGUGCGGCGACUCCAAUCAUUCUUGACGGGAGUGAUGACAAAGGCCACGAGGGACCGGAUGGCAAAGCAGAAAUGAGAGAUCUGACACGAGACUUCAUGGAAACCAAUCCUAGUGUUGUGAACGGCCAACAAGUCUUUGAAGGAGACAUGGUCUUGACGGAGAGCCAGUGGCGAGCGGUCAGGGAGAGGAAGGCCCUUGCAGACCUCUCAGCGCGCUGGCCUGAACAGGGCGGCUUCCCCACCGUGCCCUACUACCUCGACACUACCGACUCCGCCACUGUGGCUGCCAUAAAUGCAGGGAUUGCUCACUGGGAGCAAAACACCUGCAUCAGAUUCCAGCUCACGUCCAACCUCGCUCAACGGCACGUCAGGUUUUUUGAAGGGUCUGGAUGCUGGUCGUAUGUCGGCAUGCUGGCCCAGAAUGGACAAGACAUUUCCAUUGGAAGUGGCUGCAAAGAACUCGGCACCGUCGCCCAUGAGAUCGGCCACGCCAUUGGGUUCGUGCACGAGCAGAGUCGCCCCGACCGUGACGACUAUGUGGUCAUCAAUUAUGGCAACAUCCAAAGUGGCAAGGAACACAACUUCAAUAAGUACAGCACGUCAGUGGUCACCACCUACGGCAUACCAUACGACUACUCAUCCGACAUGCACUAUGGUUUUACAGGCUUCACCAACAACGGCCAGACGACCAUCGCCACCCUAUAUCCCUUGGCGCAGGAGCUCAUCGGCCAGCGCACGGGACUCUCUCACAGGGACAUACUAUUGGCCAACACCAUGUACGGCUGCAUCGACGACUUGACGAAUCCCUGCACUGAGAAAGUAACUCAGGAAGGCACCCUCACCUCGCCGGGCUAUCCAAGCAACUACCCAAAGAUCCAGUGCGUCAAGUGGAUUGUAGCUCCCGCAUGCCACGUGCCCAGAGUGACCUUCUCAGACUUUUACCUGUACGGAGAGAAUCCCUACUGCGGAUCGACUACAGAGACGUGCUGCUACUUUGAUGGCCUGGAGAUCAGAACCGACAACUUGUACGACGGUGAAGUGUAUUGUGGCACGGACAUCACUGCAGGCCAGACCUUCACUGGAACCGGUCAAGAGAUGGUUUUAUACUUCAGGGCGAUAAGUAAUAAUAUUCGCAGGGGAUGGUCUGCCCAACUCACCUUUGUGCCGCAACCGGGAUGCACAACCACCACUGCAGACACCUCCACCACCACCACCACCACAGCAACAACAACCACCACUACAGAACCUACCACCACCACCACCACAGCAACAACCACCACUACAGAACCCACCACCACAGCAACAACCACCACUACAGAACCCACCACCACCACCACCACAGCAACAACCACCACUACAGAACCCACCACCACCACCACCACAGCAACAACCACCACUACAGAACCCACCACCACAGCAACAACCACCACUACAGAACCCACCACCACAGCAACAACCACCACUACAGAACCCACCACCACAGCAACAACCACCACUACAGAACCCACCUGA